UACACGGAUAUAGUUGUCAAAUAAUUUUUUAAAAUAGAAAAUCCGAAUUUACUUUUAUUGUUCUUAUAAAGAUAACAUAUUCAAAAAAAUUAUGGCUGGUAACGAAGGUAAAUUCAAAGAUCGAUCGCCAAUAAUAUGUGCUGCUGGGAUGCCUUCAGGGACUUCUAAAGACAAUGUUGAGAAUACCUUAAAGGAAUACUCUUUGGAGGAUGAAGUGACAGCAGUAAAACACGAUGCUAAUAUAUGGUUCGAAAACGAGUUUCGACCGCCUCUUCAGUUACCUCCUAUACAAAAUGCCUGUUUUAAAGGAACAAUGACAGAAAUAAAACCCUUACUGAAUCCACCUAUGAGAGCAAGAUACGAAACCUUAUUAGAUGAAUUGAAAGAAACUACCUACAGUUCUUACUGGCAGAAACCAGUUGGUAAGGGAAGAGAUCAAGUACCUGGUCUACCAAAAGGAAUGAUACCAACAGAAGUUACAUUCGGAAAACCGUUUACAAGAGAAAUACCAUUAAGAGAGUUAGUAAAUCCUCCAAAAACUCCUUAUGAAGUGUUACAAGAGAGCCAGGUCGGCCAUGAACUUUACAAGAAGACCCAUAACGAUUAUAAUCCUUCCGAACAAGUUGAAAGAGGGUACAAAUCUCCUCCUUUCCAAAAAGAGAAAUGUUUUGGCAUCAGUUCGAAAUACGAUUACAGAGGAAUAUGGGUGCGAUGUGCUUGUGAUUGGCAUAUCAAAGAACCAGUUAUGCAUGCAAGUAAAAUUCAAGCAGAUUAUUUAGAUCGUGUGAGACCACAAAUUGGAAAAAUACUGGCUCCAAAUCAUAAUAUUGAAUGUGUACCAAAGGGUCAUACUUUUGGUGAUCGUUCUGAAAGGUCGUUUUUUGGUUUGGAAGACUUGCUAAAAGAUUCACGUUGCGAGCCAUGUGUAUUCAAAAGGGAUUUUUAUAAAUGGAUAUCUUCCUUGAAUAAGUUCAAACUCAGAAUGAAACAGAGGAGAAUUGAUGGUUUUGAUUUCAAUGAUUUUUACAAAAAGGCCCUCUACUGGGAUCAGGAAAAGACCGGAUACUUACCAACAACAAUAUUCUAUGAGCUAUGUUCUUGUCAUCAGAUCAUGUUUCCAAAAGAAGACAUAGAAUCAUUAUUGAAGGUUCUGGGAAUUAUGCAAGAGGAAAAAAUUAACUACAAGAGGUUUAUUGAUCUAAUAAAUGUCAAUGAGAAGCCUAUAGAAUUCAUGCCAAUGAGAGAUAUUCCUAAAGAGAGUCUAUACUAUGUGACUACUAACCAAGCUGCCAGUUGUGAUUAUCUAAUUAUUGAUAAUUCAGGUAUGUCGGCAGCAGGGAUGCCAUCUAUAAGAACUGAUUUGGUGCGGCCUGUUGUACCACCUACAGGAUGUAGAGCAGAUUUGGACAAUUUGGGAGAUGAAUCAACGGUCAACUCUUUGAUAAAUCCAAGUAUAUACACCAAUUAUGGAUUGACAUCUAGAGAUUUCUUCACUCCACGUACAGCCGAAACAAUAAGAACACUUUUUGAAAAAAUUGGAUAUAACUUCCCCAAUGACUCAUUUGAAAAAAUAUGGAAGGAAGGAGUGGAACACGACCAAACUGGACUGGUGUGUGUGGAAACUUUUAAAUCUCUACUAACGAAAUAUAUUGCUCCUCCAAAAAUAACUGUAGACGAAAGGGACUGUGAAAAAAAAAUGUAAAAACAAAAAUAUUUAAUAAAAACAUUUUGAAACUA